UUAAAUCGUACAACUGAUAUAUUUGUUCACGCUCUAAUCUUACUAUACAAAUAAAUUUUGAAUAUUAUAAGUUUCGCGCCUUUUACUGCUAUAUCGAUAUGUGGUUAAUAAAUUUGGUUGCGGUCACACUGCUGAUUCUGCACCUGGCAACGCUGGCGGUCAGCUGUUCUUGCGGCGAAGAGGCGAAUUUGGAGUGCGGAUGCACAAAACGUCAUUAA